UAUGUUCGACCCUAAGACGUUCGACCGUCCCACGACAAAAGGGCCUAACUGCAAAUGACAGUUUCUCUUUGUUUACUUUUUCUUUCACGAUUUACCGGACUGAUUUUAUAUUUGACGCUUUACUCUUCGCAAAACUUUCAAGUUAGGCCCUUUUGUCGUGGGACUAUCGACUUGUUUAUACCUAUUUCAACCAAUCACAAUCUGAUCCAAAACUGGCUUUAAAAGUGGAUGCAUAGCUAUCUGAUCCGUUUCUAGAGUUUAUCCAUCUCGCCACCAUGUCCAAUAUUCCACGAUCUGUUCUUCUUUGCUCCGGUAAACGAAAAACCGGUAAAGAUUUUUUAACGGAACGGUUACUUCAAAGGUUGUCUGCAGAUCGCGCUCAAAUUAUUCGUAUAUCUGAACCUAUAAAACGAAGCUGGGCAGAAAAACUAGGUUUAAAUUUGAAUGAACUGCUUAGUGAUGGUCCAUACAAGGAGAAAUAUCGUAAGGAGAUGAUCGAGUGGAGCGAUCAGCAACGAGCUGAAGAUUAUGGAUUUUUUUGUCGGCAGGCAUGCAUGGAGGUGAACAAGGAAAUUUGUAUCGUUAGUGAUGUUCGGAGAAAAAGUGAUAUUAGGUACUUUAAGGAAUUAUUUGGAAGUAAGGUAAAAACUGUUAGAAUUGAGGCCACAGAAGAAACGCGAAAGAAGCGAGGGUGGCAUUUUCAAGAAGGAGUGGACAAUGUCCAGUCAGAGUGCGAUCUGGAUAAUAUGACCGAUUGGGAUCUUUUAAUAACCAACGACUGUGGAACCGAUGUUGAAGAGGCUUUGAACAAAAUCAUAACCAUUCUCUGAUGGAGUAUAUUUCUUAAAUCUGGACAAGUUUUUCACCAUUAAAAAUUUUUCAAGGUUCAACCAAAAUAUUACCGCUUUAAUAUACAUCAAUCCGGCUUAGUAAUAUUUUUUCCGCUGACAAUCAAAAGGUGCUAUUCUUGCUCGUAUAUAUAACAUGAUCUAGAUUUUCAAUAAAAGUUUUCGCUGUAGAAUUUAUUUUGUCAUUGAGUAUGUUAUAUUAUUUUAUGGAUCCGUAUGUAUGAUUCAUAACGUCAGCUAC